AAAUUAUAAUAACAAAUUUCAGAAUCAGAAUCAUGAAAUUUUAAUAAAAAAAAUCUCUCCUUUUUUCCCCACUCCACAAACUUAUGGCCAUUAUUCAAAUUCAUGGCCCAUUCAUCAUCGUCUUCUCCGUUUUCCUGUUAAUUUUUCCGGCAGCCUCUUCAAACGCCGACGCCGACGCCCUACUACAGCUCAAAUCCUCCUUCAUAAACGCCACCGCCCCCCUCUAUUCAUGGAAGCCCGGAACAGAGCCCUGCGCCGCCGGAAACCUGACCUGGGUCGGCGUUCUCUGCGAGAGGGGAUCCAUUUUCGGCCUCCGCCUCGGUUAUAUGGGUCUCGCCGGCACCGUAAACGUCGACGCAUUGUCGAAACUCUCCGGCCUGAGAACCGUCGCUUUAACGUCGAACGCGUUUUCCGGCCGGAUUCCGGAUUUCAACCGGGUCGGAUCUUUGAAAGGACUUUACAUCUCCGACAACAAAUUUUCCGGCGAAAUCCCGCCGGAGUACUUCUCCAGGAUGGGCGGGUUGCGGAAAAUUUGGCUGUCGAACAACAAUUUCUCCGGCCCGAUUCCCUCUUCGUUAGCACAAGUAUCCCAGCUCAUGGAGCUCCAUCUCGAAAACAAUCGGUUUUCGGGCCCUAUCCCGAGUUUAGGUCAAGCGAGUUUAAUCUCGUUCGACGCCGCUAACAACGAUUUAUCCGGCGAGAUUCCGGCCGCCCUCUCGAAAUUCAGCGCCAAGGCCUUCGAGGGGAAUCCGGGGCUCUGCGGCGGCAACUCCGGCAACCCCUGCACCCCCUCGAAAUACGUGAGCAACGGUCUAAGAAUCGCCGCAUGGUUCCUAGUGGCAUUCGCCGCCCUCCUUUUGCUGACGGUGGCCGGAAUAUACCUAAUGAGGCGGCGGCACGAGGCCUCCGGAGAAAACCUCGGCGUCAUCCCCCUCGACUCGAAGGGGUCGAAGAGGGAUUUGGACCCGAGCGGGAACGGGUUCGGGUCGAGCCGCCGGGCCGGGUCGAGCCGUCGGGCCCACAACAAGGAUUUGGAGAUUAUAAACGACGAGAAGGGCGAGUUCGGAUUGGGCGAUUUGAUGAAGGCGGCCGCGGAAGUGCUCGGGAAUGGGGCUUUGGGUUCGUCUUAUAAGGCCACCAUGGCUAGCGGGCUUACGGUGGUCGUUAAGCGGACGAAAGAAAUGAACAAAAUCGGGAGAGAGAAAUUCGACGGAGAAAUGCGGAGGCUCGGGAGUUUGAAUCAUAGGAAUGUUUUAACACCAUUGGCAUAUCAUUAUAGGAAAGAUGAGAAGCUGCUUGUGUCUGAAUAUCACCACACAGGCAGUUUAAUGUUUCUAUUGCAUGGUGAACGUGGAAACACACACACAAAGUUGAAUUGGGCAAUGAGAUUGAAGAUAAUACAAGGGAUUGCAAGAGGAUUAGGGUACAUUCACACCGAGCUUUCCUCGUUCGAUUUGCCACACGGUGACCUAAAAUCGAGCAAUGUUAUUUUAACACCGGAUUACGAGCCUUUACUAUCAGACUAUGGUUUGUGCUCGUUGAUGAGCCGAAGCCAAGCUGCACUAGCAUUAGUUGCUUUUAAGUCGCCGGAGGCAAUAAUGCAUCAAAUCAUUUCGCCGAAAUGUGAUGUUUAUUGCCUAGGAAUCCUAAUUCUCGAAAUUAUUACCGGGAAAUUUCCUUCGCAGUACCUUAACAACGGGCAGGGUGGGACAGAUUUGGUGCAAUGGGUGAGGUCAGCAAUUGCCGAGGGGAGAGAGGCGGAGUUGAUCGAUCCGGAAAUCGCAAACACUUCGAAUUUUCUCGGUGGGGUGGAGGAGUUGCUCCACGUAGGGGCGGCUUGCACGGAGAGUAAUCCCGAUCAACGUAUGGACCUUCUAGAAGCUAUUCAGAGAAUCGACGGCGUUUCGGUCAUCGGUGGGAGUAGUCGGGAGGCGAAAACUUUCGUCGUUUUGCCCUCAUUGAGGGACGGAUAUGCCGAUCAAGAAACGGCGGAGGCGGUGACACCGGUGGGGGCGCCACAUUCGGCGGCGGCGGUAGGGAGUUUUAAUGACCGUACGGCGAGGAGGCGGGAUAGCGUUGGAGAAUCAUCGGGGCGGAAGAGUUUUGCUUUCGAAAUGUCUUGACGGUGACAGUACGAAUUAAUUGAUAUAUACUUGAGUGCAUGUUCUGCGUACAAUGUGUGAUUGUGUGUGGAUCUACGGUGAAUUACUGCUCGGUAUAGCAUAUGCAAGACUCGAACGUGUCUCGAUUGGUUUUCGAGCGCGAAUAUGGAUGAGGGAGCCUUUUUCUAUUGUAUGGCUAAUUGUUGGAGCAAAGGAGGAAUGAGAAAAUGUUGUAACCUUUUGUAACAUUGUAGGAUAGAAUUAGCAUGUUUUUUUAGGUUUUUGAAUAGGCCAUCUUUUCUUUUCUUUGUAGUGAAUUAGCAAAAACAUGUAGAUAUAAGUUAUAGCUAAUUUUUCUUCAC